AUGUCGGAACAUCGAGAAAUCCCAAAAUUCACCGUCGAUCUGUCUCUCCCUCCCGAGACCCGCUACGACCAUAUCGUUCCGCACUUCAAAACCGCCGUGGACUCGUGCGAUUUACCCUCCCUAUUCUAUACCCUCCUCAACGAACUUGCUGGGAAAUCGGCAGGGAAAAUAAUCGCUGCUGUGUCGCCGCUGCUUAUGCGACGCCUUCAUUCAGAUGAGGAAAAUGCAGAAUUGGUCGGCAUCUCGAAAGCGAUUGGCAUUCCCAUGCAUAUCCUCGUUGCCUUCAAUGUUCUAUUGGACCUUUUGUUGGGAUGCACGAGCGGCGGGGUACGCACGCUUGAUCCAGAUUCUGCAGUGAAAACGACACGGAUGCUUCAUUUUCGGACUCUCGACUGGGGCAUGCAUGAAUUGAGAAAUAUCAUCGUCGAACUCGACUUUGUCCGUACGCCCCAAGGCCCGGUUGUUGCUACAACAGUUGGGUAUCUUGGGUACAUUGGGGCUUUGACAGGAGUACGAAAUGGCAUGAGUUUGAGUUUGAACUUUAGACCGCACCACGCCAGGGAGACUCUUCGGCAACGACUGUCUUACAGAUACCACCAGGUGAUGGUGGUUCUUGGGCAGAGACAGUCAAUAUCAAGCAGCCUGAGAGAAAUUCUACUAGGCAACUCAACGACACUGGAGAAACAGUCCAAUGAAACGCACGAGUCGGACAGUAUCAGCCCAGAUUUGCAGAACCAAUAUGUACAGCAAGUCCUCACAAAACUCUCGACAUCCAGUUCAACAGCUGCAUAUCUCAUUCUCUGCCAACCAGACCGCGUCUUGGUCGUGGAGAAAGACCAUCGCAGCGCAUCGAUCCGUGAAUCCGACACAUUCCUCACCGCCUACAACCACGACUUCAAAGAUGAAGAUAAUCCCGCGCAUCUCCAACAGGCCGCUGCCGAACUCGCAGAAGGCGAAGAUGCAACGGGCAUGGCAGACCUGGUGGCCUAUUCAAUUGAAAGAAAGCAGGAUUUGGAUAAGUUAUGGAGGAAAUGUGUUCGAGCUUGUAAAAGAAGGUACAGGCUGCGGAAUGAUAUCGUGACGAGGGAGGAUGUUGUCAAAUUUUUGCAGAAUGAUAUGAUUCGGAAUGAAGAGACGCAUUACGCUGUCAUCAUGGAUCCAAAGGAGGGGAAGGUCAUGUGGCGGAGGGCGUAUGAGUAUGUCAGUGAGAGUGAACGCGAGAGUACGGAGGAGAGUUAG